AUGCAGGCGUGUCCUCAAAGUUCAAACUCAACACGCUUCAACACCAAAUAUGAUACAGCCCACCGUGGCUUCAAUUCCCGAGUAUGUAAUUGCCGAGCAAGGGUACUGCUUGUGUACACUAUCAGCAUCAAUCGUUCAAACUUUGGAAUGAAAACUUUGAGUUUUCGGCGAAAUCGCUUAGCUACUAACAUCAGAGCAAAAGAGGAAUACCUCGGUUCUUCGCUUAUUGAGCGUACAGCUCGCCUCCACACGUUCACCGAUAUCGGACCUGCCGAUCUCUGUUCUAUCCACAAGUUUUCACCCACAAGCAAGAAAAAUGCAGACAUUGGAACCUUUCUCUACUUCACUGGAGUGGACACUUCGAGUUCGGCUUCGAUUGGCGCCCAGCUUCAAAACCUUGCCACAUUGAUAGGUGACAAGGGCCAGUACUGGUUUGGCGAGAAAAAGCACUGGAAAGUUCCAGAUCUCACAUAUUGUGCAUUCAAUGCAUUUUCAAAAGUUGAUAUGCGGGUAAAGGUGCACAUUCCUGGACUGUACGAAACCCUGGUGGUAAAUCAUGAUGGUAAGCUCAUCCACGACAAGAUCAGCGAUGAUGACCUCGAAGCAUUGUGGACAGAAACGUUUGUCACAAGUAUAGUUCGUUGCUUGAUCGACAACGACGAAGAAGAUCCAUCGCGCGCAGGCGGCCUCGUCGAAGUACGCAAGGUCAAUCCUUUCACUGGCCGCUCCGAUGUGCUUACUUUGUUCAUGUCUGGGUUUGAAAAACUCUUCUGGGACGGGCCCAAACUUGGAUGUGAUGUAGAUAUUCCCCAACCUACACUUGUGUCCAACUAUCUAGUUGAUGGAUUCUUAAGAUGCGUUCAUCUCACGCAAAACUAUGAAACCGCCUUGGACGUAUUGGGGCGCCUUCGCGACCUUGAGCCCGCGGUGGUCACCAUUAUUGCAAAAGUGUUGUUGAUGAAGGACGAAGAAGUAGCGGCUGUUCAGGAAAUGAACGCUGGAAUCGCUCUUAAUCCCCGUGAUUCAAGCUUAUUAGUGGUCCAGGCGCAAUUCUGUUUGGACAAAAAACGCUACGAUUUAGCCCUCAGUCUUGCAAAACAAGCUGUUCAAGCGCUGCCGUCCGAUUUCAAAUCAUGGGGAUUACUUGUGACAGUCUACACAAAACUCAACGAUUUUGAAAAUGCCUUGCUCACAUUGAACUCCUGUCCCAUGAACUCGCAUAAGGAACGGUAUUUCCUCAAAAGAAUUGUCCCUCUUCGUGGGGGUAACGAGGACCUUCAUCUUCCUCUGCCGUUGGAUGUUGUUUUAGAUGAAGUAUCCAAUCUUCUGAGUGCAGAUAUAGCCUUUGAACAAAAAAACAUGGAUCCACAGCUUGCCAAUCUCCCAGCAGGCAAUCUCAAAUCAACCUUUGCCAAGGCGUAUGAUCUUUUGACAGAUAUAGUCAGCAAAACUGGAUGGGAAGCCCUUCUCAAGUAUCGUGCUAAAGUGUUCGUGAUGGAGGAAGAGUACCGAAAGGACCGCACUUCAAGAAAAGGUUCGACUGAAGAUACUCUGUCUACGGUUGCGAUCAAAUCGCCGGCAAAAGAAGAGGCUGAUGACGAGUUUCGUAAAAAGCGGCUUUGCGAGCGGUGGUUAGACAACCUUUUCAUGUUACUUUACGAAGAUUUAAGAGCAUACACCAUGUGGCAGGCUGAGUACGUGCACUUCCAGGCCCAACAAAUGGAAUACAAAAAGACCACAUCCGAGUGGGAGAUUCUCGGCAUGAUCGCUUAUAGGUUGAAGCACUUCAAAGAAGGCUCACAAGCGUUUGCAAAUGCCCUUAGUGGCCGGUUUUCAGCAAGGUCUACUCGCGAACUUGUUCGCUACUACAAAAUGGAAAGAUCAAAGUCGACAUCCAAGCGUGAUACCACCGCCAAGUCUGCCACUCAAUUGGACGAAAAAAUUCUUGAAUGCUGUAUUAAGCUUCUUGUAUGGAAUCAUCGAUGGUAUUGUGACUUUUCGCCCUCUAUACUUAUAACCUUGGCGGACCUCGUCGCUACGGAGGGCUUAAUUAGAAUCCAAAGUUCUGUCCAGGCGGUAUAUUCCAACCAGAUUCUGAACGACUCCACUAGUGGAAUCAUUGAGAUGAUGAAUGACGUCUACGGUUUCUUCAGCGACUACAAGUUGGCAGGGUCAGAUAACUAG